CUGUUUGGUGCUGCAGAGUUGAUCAAGAAACAUGAACUGGAGAAGGAUGAGCUCCGCCCCCUCUACAUGGACUUCCAGGCUACUACGCCAAUGGACCCUCGGGUGCUGGACGCCAUGUUGCCAUACCAGGUGAAUUACUACGGCAACCCGCACUCCAGGACACACGCCUAUGGCUGGGAGAGUGAGACCGCCAUGGAGACCGCCAGAAAGCAGGUGGCUGAUCUGAUUGGGGCUGAUCCCAGAGAAAUCAUCUUCACCAGCGGAGCCACGGAGUCCAACAACAUGGCUAUCAAGGGCGUGGGCAGGUUCUACCAAGCCAAGAAGCGUCACGUGAUCACCACACAGACCGAGCACAAGUGUGUCCUGGACUCCUGUCGGAUUCUGGAGUCAGAAGGCUUCAGGGUGACCUACCUGCCAGUGCAGAAGAACGGGCUGCUGGACCUGGAGUUGUUGGAGGCCUCCAUCUCUCCCGACACCUCUGUGGUGUCUGUGAUGACCAUCAACAACGAGAUCGGAGUCAAGCAGCCAAUCGAUGACAUUGGGCGGAUCUGUCGCUCUAAAGGCGUUUUCUUCCACACUGAUGCUGCCCAGGCCGUGGGGAAGAUUCCCCUCAGCGUGACCGAGUCCAAAGUGGAUCUGAUGUCCAUCAGCGGCCACAAGAUCUACGGACCCAAAGGUGUGGGCGCCUUGUAUGUGCGGCGCAGGCCUCGGGUGCGUAUGGAGCCCCUGCAGAAUGGCGGCGGCCAAGAGAGGGGCCUUCGCUCGGGGACCGUGCCCACCCCGCUGGCCGUGGGGCUGGGAGCCGCCUGCAGCAUCGCCCAGAAGGAGAUGGAGUACGACCAUCACAGGGUGUCUAUGCUGGCCAACCGUCUGAUCCAGAAGAUGAUGUCGGAGAUUCCUGACGUCAUCAUGAAUGGAGAUCCAGAGCAACGCUACGCUGGUAAGACUUCCAAUGCGUGCACGUCGGCGUCUCUCGAGCCAUCAUACGUCCUGAGAGCAAUCGGAGCAGAUGAGGAUCUAGCUCACUCUUCCAUCAGGUUUGGCAUCGGCAGGUUCACCACAGAAGAAGAAGUGGACUACACAGCAGAGAAAUGCAUCCAACAGGUCCGCAGACUCAGAGAGAUGAGUCCACUGUGGGAGAUGGUUCAGGAAGGCGUGGACCUGAAGAGCAUCAAGUGGACUCAGCACUAG